AUGUAGGCAUUUUUUUCCAUAAUUGCUUAGGCGGCAUUCAAUGUUGAUGAGGGAACUGAGAAGAAAGUCUUAUCUUCUAUUUGCGAGAAAUGGAGGACAUUCAAGGGAACUCUUUCAAGGCACAUACAUAAUAACAGUUCAGAUCACAAACUCCUUUCAAAACCACCAAAAAAAUACAGUUUCGUCGAACAAAAAGAUUGGGAAUCAUUUAUGAAACAAAGACUCUCCAAAGAAUUUGUGAAUUUGAGUCAGGAUCAAUGAAAUAGGCAGAGCUUCAACAAAUAUCUCUGCAGGCUUAGUCGAAAGGGCUAUCCAGCUCUUGAGGAAGAACUUAUGAGUGAUAAAAACCAAGCGACUCAAAAGUUAGAUAGGAGUUUCAUGUGGAAGAAGGCUCGUCAAAACCAAAAAGGAGAGUACAAUGAUGACAAUAUAGCGAAACAAGCUGCAAAAAUUGAUGAGAUUACCAAACAAGUGGAUGAGGGGGUUUUAAUCGUGAAAGGAAGCAACAAUAUCCUAACCAUGGCAUUGGGUAAGGAACAUCCUGGCCGAGUACGCGGUGUGGGACAGUUUGUUACACCAAGCGCUUUCUUCCAUGUGCUCAGACGUGGAAAUCACUCACGUUGGGAGGAGAGGCAACAAUUUCUUGAGGCAAUGAUGUAUCAAAUGCAAGCUGAACUCAAUGCAUUGAGAAGGCACACCAUUUAUACACCCCCAUUUGAACAUAUUGGUUCGAACACUUUGAUAAGUGAUGACAUAGAGAGUCCACAGCUGCAUCCCAUUGUGAUGGAGACUAGGGCAAGAAGGAAGGAUGACUUGCACCCUCCGAACCCGAAUCCAAAAGUUAAAAAGAGCAAACCAUGUAAGUUAGCAGUGAGAUCCAUUGAAAACAUUGUAGCUCAUGGUACAAUGUAUGAGACAGUUUCCAGUGAUGAACUACUAGGAGAUUCUAAUGUCCGCGUCUCCGUUGACUUUGUGAUAGUACCAUAUGCCCAUCUUCCCAUACCUAUGCCAGGAAGUGUGACUCUUGUAGGCGAGGUAGUCGGGUAUCAAGUGGCCUGGCCCAAAAACCUCGUGUUGGUUGACGAUGAGGGAACGCCGAAACAUCUACCAAAACAAUCCAACAAGGUGAGAACCACAGAUUAUGUGCCACAUCUGGACUAGAAUCCAAAAGUAAAAAAGAAGAGGGCGAGGGAGAAGAAGAGGAAGAAAUUAAAGAAUAUUACGAGGAACAAGACAGUAGUUAGUUAGGGAACACAUGUAAUGGUUGACAUACACAACAUAUUGUUGAAUCAUGGAAUCAUGUCUAUAUGUGUAUUAUUGAAAUACCAAUUCAACUGUAUUUGCUUC